AUACAAUUCAGCUUCGGGAGAGUUUGCAGCUCCGGCUGGGAAGUCCCUCGGAGCAAACCUGGGAGAUCGUGAGCGCCCUGCACUGAUAGUUUUGUAACCAACCACGGAUGAUGAAACCUUCUAUAGCGGAGACGUUUCACAGAGGAAGGAUGCUGUGGAUUAUUCUUCUAAGCACAAUUGCUCUCGGGUGGACUACCCCGAUCCCCCUGAUCGAGGACUCAGAGGAAAUAGAUGAGCCCUGUUUUGAUCCAUGCUACUGUGAAGUUAAAGAAAGCCUCUUUCAUAUACAUUGUGACAGUAAAGGAUUUACAAAUAUUAGUCAGAUUACUGAGUUCUGGUCAAGACCUUUUAAACUGUAUCUGCAGAGGAAUUCAAUGAGGAAAUUGUACACCAACAGUUUUCUUCAUUUGAACAACGCUGUGUCCAUUAACCUUGGGAACAAUGCAUUGCAGGACAUCCAAACAGGAGCUUUCAAUGGACUUAAGAUUUUAAAGAGGCUGUAUCUACAUGAGAACAAACUGGAUGUCUUCAGAAAUGACACCUUUCUUGGCUUGGAAAGUCUUGAAUAUCUGCAAGCAGAUUACAAUGUCAUUAAACGCAUCGAGAGUGGAGCAUUUCGGAACCUAAGUAAACUGAGGGUUUUGAUUUUGAAUGACAAUCUCAUCCCCAUGCUUCCAACCAAUUUAUUUAAGGCUGUCUCCUUAACGCAUUUGGACCUACGUGGAAACAGGUUAAAGGUUCUCUUUUAUCGAGGGAUGCUGGACCACAUUGGCAGAAACCUGAUGGAGCUCCAGCUGGAAGAAAAUCCCUGGAACUGUACAUGUGAGAUUGUGCAGCUAAAGAGUUGGCUGGAACGCAUUCCUUACACCGCCCUGGUGGGAGACAUCACCUGUGAGACCCCUUUCCACUUUCAUGGGAAGGACUUGAGAGAAAUCAGGAAGACAGAACUCUGCCCUCUGUUGUCUGACUCUGAGGUGGAGGCUAGUUUGGGGAUUCCCCACUUGUCAUCCAACAAGGAGAAGGCGUGGCCAACUAAGCCUUCCUCCAUGUUGUCUUCUGUUCAUUUUACUGCUUCUUCUGUCGAAUACAAGUCUUCAAAUAAACAACCCAAGCCCACCAAACAGCCCCGAACACCAAGGCCACCAUCCACAUCCCAAGCUUUAUAUCCUGGUCCAAACCAGCCUCCCAUUGCUCCUUACCAGACCAGACCACCCAUUCCCAUUAUAUGCCCUACUGGGUGUACCUGUAAUUUGCACAUCAAUGACCUUGGAUUGACUGUCAACUGCAAAGAGCGAGGAUUUAAUAAUAUUUCUGAACUUCUUCCAAGGCCACUGAAUGCCAAGAAACUGUACCUGAGUAGCAAUCUGAUUCAGAAAAUAUACCGUUCUGAUUUUUGGAAUUUCUCUUCAUUGGAUCUUUUGCAUCUCGGGAACAAUCGUAUUUCCUAUGUCCAGGAUGGGGCUUUUAUCAACCUACCCAACCUAAAGAGCCUCUUUCUCAAUGGCAACGAUAUUGAGAAACUGACACCAGGCAUGUUCCGAGGCCUACAGAGUUUGCACUAUUUAUACUUCGAGUUCAAUGUCAUCCGGGAAAUCCAGCCUGCAGCCUUCAGCCUCAUGCCCAACUUGAAGCUGCUAUUCCUCAACAACAACUUGCUGAGGACUCUACCAACUGACGCCUUUGCAGGCACAUCCCUGGCUCGGCUCAACUUGAGGAAAAACUACUUCCUUUACCUUCCUGUGGCUGGUGUUCUAGAACACCUGAAUGCUAUUGUCCAGAUAGACCUCAAUGAGAAUCCUUGGGACUGUACCUGUGACCUGGUCCCCUUCAAACAGUGGAUUGAAACCAUCAGCUCAGUCAGUGUAGUAGGCGAUGUACUUUGCAGGAGCCCCGAGAACCUCACUCACCGGGAUGUGCGUACCAUUGAACUGGAAGUUCUCUGCCCAGAGAUGCUGCACACUGCGCCAGCGGGAGCAUCACCAGCCCAGCCUGGACACCCUCACCUUCCUGGGGGGCCGACCAGCGCAUCACCUUAUGAGUUCUCUCCUUCCGGGGGUCCUGUGCCGCUUUCUGUGCUGAUUCUCAGCCUGCUGGUUUUGUUUUUCUCAGCAGUCUUUGUUACUGCAGGCCUUUUUGCCUAUGUGCUCCGAAGGCGCCGGAAGAAGCUGCCCUUUAGAAGCAAGCGGCAGGAAGGUGUGGACCUUACUGGAAUCCAGAUGCAAUGCCACCGGCUUUUUGAGGAUGGUGGGGGAGGUGGAGGUGGAAGUGGAGGCGGUGGUCGACCCAAUCUUUCCUCCCCAGAAAAGGCCCCUCCUGUGGGUCAUGUAUAUGAGUACAUCCCGCACCCAGUUACCCAGAUGUGCAACAACCCCAUUUACAAGCCUCGCGAGGAGGAGGAAGUGGCUGUCCCAUCAGUCCAGGAGGCAGGGAGUGCAGAGCGCGGAGGUGCUGGGACACAACCGCCAGGAAUGGGGGAGGUCCUCCUGGGAAGUGAGCAGUUUGCUGAAACACCCAAGGAGAACCACAACAACUACCGGACCUUGCUGGAAAAAGAAAAGGAGUGGUCCCUGGCAGUAUCCAGCUCCCAACUCAACACCAUAGUGACAGUGAAUCAUCACCACCCUCACCCUCACCACCCAGCAGUUGGUGGGGUUGCAGGGGUAGUUGCAGGAACUGGGGGGGACAUGGCUGCGUUUCGCCACCAUGAGAAGAAUGGUGGGGUGGUGCUGUUUCCCCCUGGGGGAGGCUGUGGGGGUGGCAGCAUAUUACUAGACCGAGAGAGGCCGCAGCCAGCCCCCUGCUCAGUGGGGUUUGUGGACUGUCUCUAUGGCACAGUGCCCAAAUUAAAGGAACUGCACGUCCACCCUCCUGGCAUGCAAUACCCAGACUUACAGCAGGAUGCCAGGCUUAAAGAAACCCUUCUCUUCUCCGCUGGAAAGGGCUUCACAAACCACCAAACCCAAAAAAGUGAUUACCUCGAGUUAAGGGCCAAACUUCAAACCAAGCCGGAUUACCUCGAAGUCCUGGAGAAGACAGCAUAUAGGUUCUGACUGAAAAGUAAAGAUAAAUUAGUGCUUUUUUUUUCAAAAGAAAAGAAAAAAAAUGAAAGAAAUAUAUCCCUUGAUCCCUUUACACGUUCCCCAAUAAAUCCAUUCUCACAAAUUUCCCUGCCCUGAACAGAACUGAAACCGCAUGAUAACUAGAAAAUACAGAUGUAUGUGCUCCCCUCUCAGAUGUGAUUUGGAGGAAGGGCCAUACUCAGAUCAUUAAUCAAUGAAGUGCCUUCGCAGACUUUU